AUGGCGCUCACCUCGUAUGUCUGCGUCAAUUGCAGACUCUCGUCAAAACUGACCAGAGUCCCCCUGCGCAGCUUCUCUGCCGCCCGGAGCGUUCGCGACGUCUUUCGACCCGCGACAGCCCCGAAGUCCACGCCGGACGUCAAACACAUCCGCCAAAACGCAGAGCUCUACGCGCAGAACUGCGUAGAUCGCAACUACGCAGCCCAUGCCGUGUAUCCAUCGAAGAUCGAACAACUAUCACAUGAGGCGAAGCAGCUCGACCACGACCUGAAAACCCCCCGAUCCCGGAUCAAACAGUUGGAACAGGCCAUCGCCAGACUGCACGGUGCAGCGCGGCAGGAUCCGAACGAUGGAAAGGAUCUCAACCUCACAGAGCAAUUGGCUCAAUUAAAGUCAGAAGCUCAGCAGCUGAAAGACGACUCUCAGGCGAUGGUGGACCGCAAAGCCACCUGCACCGAAGAGAUCAACCGACUGGCCCUCGCUCUUCCGAACCUCUCGUCCCCAUUCACACCCGUUGGACACGAUCCCGCCCUCGUCUCCUACAUCAAUUUCAACCCCCAAGAACCCCCAGCAUGGACACGCCAAUCCCCCACCGAGCUCCAAGCACGGUCGCACGUCACCAUCGGCACCGAGCUCAAUCUAAUCGACUUUGCCAGCUCCGCCACAACAACAGGAUGGGGCUGGUACUUUCUGAUUAACGAGGGCGCCAUGCUCGAGCAAGCUCUCGUCCAGUACGCGCUAAGCGUAGCAAGACGCCGCGCAUGGCGCACCGUCGCACCCCCCUCAAUCGUCUACUCCUACAUCGCCGAGGCAUGCGGCUUCCAGCCGCGUGAUCAACACAACGAGCAGCAGAUCUGGUCCAUUGAGCAGAACGAGCGCGAUCGUCAUAAUAAGCCCCAACGCUCGUUGACAGGGACUGCUGAAAUCCCUCUCGCGGCCAUGUAUGCCGGUCGCGAUAUCAAUGCCGCCGAUCUACCCAUCAAGCUCGUUGGAGCGAGCAGAUGCUACCGGGCUGAGGCUGGUUCCCGCGGUGUGGACACCAAGGGACUUUAUCGCGUGCACGAGUUUACAAAGGUCGAGCUGUUCGGCUGGACGGAUAAUGUUGAAGGGGGGAAAUCAACGACACCUACCUCCCUCGACUUAUUCAAUGAAUUACUGGAGAUGCAAACAGAGAUUCUGACCUCGCUCUCUCUACCGUGUCGCAUUCUGGAAAUGCCGACGGGCGAUCUAGGCGCCAGCGCAACUCGCAAACGCGACAUCGAAGCACUGUUCCCUUCGCGGCUGCGACAGGCCUCCAAUUCCGAUGUCACCCCUGUUGACCCCUCGAUCCACGAGUUGGAGUCCGCUUGGGGUGAGGUCACUUCCGCUUCUAUCUGUACUGAUUACCAGAGUCGGCGGCUAGGGGCUCGGGUUAGAGGCACGGCCAAGGACUCGCGGUUCCCACACACUGUGAAUGGCACUGCGAUAGCUGUUCCGCGUGUGCUGGCUGCCAUCUUGGAGAAUGGCUGGGAUGCGGAGCGGGGGGUUGUUGUUGUUCCUGAGGUUUUGAGACCGUGGAUGGAUGGAAUGGAGACUAUUGGGAGGAAGUAA